AUGACCACUUUGAGAGCUGAUAAAGCAGAUGAUGAAGAUGAUGAAGAUCUAACUGUGAAUAAAACAUGGGUCCUUGCGCCAAAGAUUCAUGGUGGGGAUGUGACUCAUAUACUGGACUCCUUACUUCAAGGAUAUGACAAUAAACUUCGGCCAGAUAUUGGGGUGAGAACUACGGUAAUUGAAACAGAUGUCUAUGUUAACAGCAUUGGCCCGGUUGACCCAAUCAAUAUGGAAUACACCAUAGAUAUAAUUUUUGCCCAGACUUGGUAUGACAGUCGUCUAAAAUUUAACAGCUCAAUGAAAGUGCUUAUGCUUAAUAGCAAUAUGGUUGGAAAAAUUUGGAUUCCAGACACUUUCUUCCGGAACUCAAGAAAAUCUGAUGCUCACUGGAUUACAACUCCAAAUCGUUUGCUUCGAAUCUGGAGUGAUGGACGAGUAUUAUACACUUUGAGGCUGACAAUUAAUGCUGAAUGUUAUCUUCAGCUUCAUAACUUUCCCAUGGAUGAACAUUCCUGUCCACUGGAGUUUUCAAGCUAUGGAUAUCCCAGAAAUGAAAUUGAAUACAAAUGGAAGAAAACCUCUGUUGAAGUGGCAGAUCCAAAAUACUGGAGAUUGUAUCAGUUUGCAUUUGUAGGGUUACGAAAUACAACUGAAAUUUCUCAUACCCUGUCCGGUGAUUACAUUAUUAUGACAAUCUUCUUUGAUCUGAGCAGACGUAUGGGAUAUUUUACUAUCCAGACAUACAUUCCUUGUAUACUGACAGUUGUUCUUUCAUGGGUGUCAUUUUGGAUCAAUAAAGAUGCAGUUCCUGCAAGGACAUCUCUGGGUAUUACGACAGUGUUGACCAUGACAACGCUGAGUACAAUUGCUAGGAAGUCACUCCCAAAGGUUUCUUAUGUGACAGCAAUGGACCUCUUUGUUUCAGUUUGCUUCAUUUUUGUGUUUGCUGCCUUGAUGGAAUAUGGCACUUUGCAUUACUUUACCAGUAACAGAAAAGGGGACAAAGGAAAAGAAAAGAAGGCAAAAUCCAAGCCAUCAAAACCACCUGCAAUUGCUGUUCGACCUGGAUCAACACUAAUUCCAAUUAAUAACAUUAAUCAUCUACCUGAACGUGAUGAUGAUUAUGGAUAUGAGUGCCUAGAAGGGAAAGACUGUGCUAGCUUCUUUUGUUGUUUUGAAGACUGCCGCACAGGAUCUUGGAGGGAAGGAAGGAUACACAUUCGUAUUGCAAAAAUUGACUCCUAUUCUCGAAUCUUCUUUCCAACUGCCUUUGCAUUGUUCAAUCUUGUUUAUUGGAUUGGCUAUCUUUAUCUAUAAAUUUCAGAGGUUUAACAAACUCAGAAAAAGGCUAACUCACCACUGAUACUUACAACUUAUUGAACAGUCAAAGAUUAGAGCUGGUCCUGAGUCACUAAAAUUGUCUAGAUGCGUUAAAAAUUUGAAAUAAAGGGGGGCAAUAUGGUGAUCCCUCUUGUUACCAAUUUUAGAGCUGAUUUUGUUUUUAGUUCUGAAGAGAAAAUUUAAAAAUAAGUACUUAUAAGACUUAACUUGUCUGAACACUCCCAUUUUUCUCCAGCUCUAACAAAAUGCAGAGACAAGAGGCUACGUUUUUGAAAUGGACAGUUCUACAUAACCUUUCAAUUUUAAUCCUAAAUGACAAAGCUGAUAAAUUUUGUAGCAUCUCUAACACCACAAAGAAAGCCUUAAUAAAAUUGGAUUAGUUAUUCUCAUCUGUUUCUUCUAUAAGGUGAUGAUUUUUAUGAAUUCCUGACUUUAGAAAGUCGAAAUGGAAUGUUUCUUAUUUUUCAGCUAGCCAUUUGUCCUCUGCAGUAUCUUAAAGUGUAAUUAAGUCAUAGUUAAUGCCAUUCAGAUUUAUACAAAGUCAUAACAUGAGCAGCAAGAAAUGGAUAUAUCACAAAAACACAAGGGCAAUUCUGAGCUUGUCUCAUGCUGACCAUUUAUGUAGGCUUUUUAGCUUCAACCUGAGAUUACAUUUAUGUCUGUGCUUCAUCUGCCAUAACUUAACUGUUGUGAGUUCAUCAGAGUUCUCCAAUAGGGCUACGACUUUCCAAGGUUCCUGACGAGCUGCCGUCGCUUGGCGCAGCUCUGCUAAUUUCAUGGAAACCAGGCUGAUGUCGACUAACUGAAGUUCCUAGCUAUUGAGAGUAAUGUUUUUUCAUUUCCUCACCAUUCUCCCUCUCCUUAGUCUGAUUCAUACUCCGGAUCACAGAAAGCAUUAUCUUCAGUAACAUUUCACUGGCAUUUGGGAAAACUCUGGCAAUGCUAUAGUCAUUAUAUUCAAACCUGGUAGGUUGGAUCUCCGGUCCUCAGAGUAAAGUGUAUAACCUGCUCCACUUUGCAUACAGUAUGAUUUUUGUCGAUUCUGCUUGUUUCUGCGUACGCCAUUUACUGAGCCAAAUCCAAGUUAUAUGAAUGUACAGAGCCUGUAUUAUGGAUUUAUUUGUAGUAAUUCCUUGAUAUUUGUUUGUUUUUUAAUAGCAAAUCCAUGUUAUGGGGGAAAAAAAAUCCUUAUGUAUUGCAGAUCAUUAUGCGAGAUGGGAUGUAUCCCAAAAAAUCAUAGGACUGGCUCUCCAGCCUCUCUGUAGUCAGAGCUUCUGUUCAUUUUGUUAGAAAUUCUUCAGUAGUGGUCUUUCUGAUUUGACUUCUCUAUAUGUUGACUGUUACUGGCUGCCAGCCAAGUAGUAUCUCAUUUCUAUGUUUAAAUCCAUUGUCUUCAUUAUGAGAAAGUGCAGUCCCUCCUCCUUUCUCAGAAAGAAACUGGUCUCAAGUGAGCUUGCAAAAAUCACUGUAAAAUUAAGAUAUCCAUUAAAUAAAAGUCAGAACUACAGAGGGGACCUUACAGAUCUUUAAAGGGGAUUAAUGGGAUUAGCAUUUGGCUCUAGGUAAGGAUGCUCCGUGCUGGAGAUGAAGACAUGAUUAAUGGCUAAUAACAGAAAAUGAUAUGUGAAAGACUCGUCCCUCCCCCAGUGUUUCUACUGAAUGUACUCCCUCCUCUGAAUUUGUCUCAGAAGAGAUUAAUGUAUCUUCAUAUGGUUGUUGGUACCAGACAUGAUUUGAUAAGCAAUACAAAUUCAAGAGAAAUGCUGCUGCGGUAUUCAGCCCCAAAGUUUAAUAAAGUAUGCAAGACUGUAUGAAGUGAUUCUGGAAGACAGUGUGAUGAAGAAGAUCCCAUUUUAAUGCAAACUUUAUUUCAGUAUUUAACUGAUAAAAUAUGAAAGUAGUUGAGAGAAAUCUGAAAAUCUGCUGUUGAGAUUGACGGACUGUAUCUGUUGUGUGACUUCUCUGAGCUGCGACUUCUGACUGUUGCAUCCUUAAAGUGAGGGUAAAAGUGAGGCAUCCUUAACAACACUGAUGUACUAUAAUUUAUUGUUUCUUUAGAGUCUCAUUUUCAGAAAAUAUUCAGUACAAUAGAAAUGUGUCAGUUUUAAUUCCAUAGUGCGGUUUGAUGGUUUUUGACAGCACACUAAACAUAUUUCUCAGUAGGAGGCAUGAAGGUGGCUUCAGUAGUAUAUUGGGUGUACACUUGAAAAGCAAGCCUACUUGCUCUGCAGUACAAGCCCCAAUUGUGUGAGCUUCUGAGCUUCAUUAACUCACCUUUAAGCAAAUGGAACUUGAAAGAACUUGGCCCUUCAGAAGGGGAAAUACGAAUUUCACAGCCCGCUCUCCUCUGGCAUUUCUAGAUAGCUUUUUCUAUUCACUUGGUUGUCAGUUGCCAAUCAGCCUCCAGUGAUUGAACUGAAGAACAGAAAACGUCCUGAGUUGGCGAGGGGUGGAUAAGAAAUCUUUCAUGUCUAAUUUCUAUGAAACAAUGUAAUGGAAUAUUAAAGCCAGUGAAUUUUAUGGCUGUUUGCCUUACGGAUGCACUUGCUUCUGUCUGUUGACAAACUUUUCUGUGUACCUCAUUUGGUUUUGAUGGAAUCAUUUCAGCUUCCCAUAGCACUGAGAGUGCAAAUGCAAAUGGGAAUGCAGCAAACUGUAACUUAGCAUGUAAUAACUGUAUUAUUUUAGCCCUAUCUGUUUUCUUCCUAAUCUGCAUGUGAACACUUGAUUCUAAGAGAUCUAAUUGAUAUUCAUAAAAAAAAAUGGCAAGAAACAGAGACUCUGGUUACCUAGGCUUAGAUGCUACAAUUAUUUUUCAAAUGUAUGUGGAUAAAAGAUUUCAUUUAUUGAUAGCUGGGAUCACAGUAUUUGGAGUCAUAUUAUUCUGGCCAUUAGUACUUAAGCACAUGCUUAAAACUAUUCCUAAUCAGUACUGUAAUUAGGCCAGAAUUCAGGAAAGCAUGUGCUUAUGUACUGUCAUAAAAAGUGAUGAUAUGCUGAAAAAGUGCCAUUAACAUAUGCUUAGCUUGCACUGAGUUCAGUAAUGAGUGUUCAGUAGCUCAAAUGAUUGAGCACUAAGGAUGCGAGCCAAAGCCUAUUCAGGAAAAAGUUUUUGCAUUGAAAGAAAGGGACAUAGGAUGAGAAUUUACCGUAGAGGUGGAGAGGUGAGAAACGGGUCUGAAAAAAUUGCUUUAAACUACCUACCUUGGAGGUCUCCUGAAAAGUAUUUUUCCAAAACAGACACCUUUUCCUGGAUAUUUCUGUGUUUGUGUUGACCAUUUGUCUGUUUUAGUAGUGAGUACAGUUCAGUGUGCUAUUUUUCAGUAAGGUGUUGUUUAUGAUUGUGCCUUACUAAUCUUCAGUGCAUGUUUUCUACAUCUGUUUCGUAUAAUGUCAGUGCAACCAUAGCAUGAAUUCUAAGUAAUGUGUUUUUUUAUGCGUGUAUUGAUGUGCUUCAAAGGCUUUAACCUUAUCCAGUUUUCUGACGUUCAGAGACAUAGGAUUGUGUAAGAUUUUGAAGGAGAAUCACCUCCAAGAGGGUUUUUAUAAUUAUCUGUUGCUUAUUUGAGAUGGUAGAAAAAGAUUUGUUUAAACCUGAUAUUUGAAAUGUUUCGUAAUUUGUGAGCACCUUUGCUAUUUUAGUUAAAAAGCCCAACAGAAGGAAUCUGGGUGUUAAAUCUGUGUAUCUGCAUAAAGUAAGAUAUAUUCAGUUUAACUGUAUCAAUCAUCAUCUCAGUUUACUUUGUUUCCAAAAACCUGAGAAUUAAUGCAAAUAAGUCUAAUUUACAUUUCUAAAAUCAUUGCUAAUUUAAUCCUUUUAACUAUUCUUUCAGUACAUUGUGAUUCUCCUCAGCUUAUACACUAAAUGCAGUCUUUUGUUUUUGAAAUAUCCUUUAAAACUGUAAUUUGUAAUGAUUAUAAUUGAUAUAGUAAAUAAAAUUAAAAUUGAAAUCUACAGCUAAAGUACAGUUUACUACAAUACAAACCUAGAAAUUAGAAAGGAAUGAUUUUCUUCUAUUUCUGAAAAACCUCACUGUCCACAUGCCCCAAUGAAUACGUCACAGGGGAGACUGGCUUGUGGGAAGAGGCAGAAGCUUCUCCAGGCCAUAACAAAGGCCUCUGUACUGGUUCAUACUAUAGACUUGUUAGAUGAGUGGUUUAGGCAAGGAAAGGUAUGGUUCUGUCCUUCCCUUUUCAGCGGUCCCUUGCUGCUGCUUCACUUGCACCAGCUAUAACAGUUCUGAGGCCAUGUGGCCAGCUGAAUCAAAGACUGAAAGUUUAUCAUUUAUUAUACUGUUUAAUAAGUUAAGGUUUCAGCCAAAUGAGUGGGCUAAUCUGACUGACCGUGCAGCAGUAUGACCAUUAGUUCUGUUGCAAGACAGGUGAUGGGAGCUUGCAGCUGGAGCCAGAAGGCUGGCUUCUUAUGAUGAGCAUAUUUCAUUCAGUUGAGAAUCUGCACCUAAAGCUAAUAUGGAGGAAAGGGAAAGAUGGAGGGGAAAAAAGAUCACCCGAGGAAGUGAUCCCAGCAUAUGAUUACACUGAUCCCAAUGACUUAUACUUAGUAACUGAGUUUCUCAAUGGUAUUUGUGAUAAUUCUCUUGAUUUCCCUGCAACAUAACUGAAUUAGUGUUAAAAAAAAAGAAAGAAAAUACCAGACAUUUCCUAUUAAUUACAGACUGAAUGAGCGACAGGUCAUUAUCUUGAAUGAUCAUUGUUCCGGUGAGAUUUCCUCCUUCAAGGAUAUUACUGCUACUAAGGGUUUAAAUCUGAAUUAAAUCAGAAAAAGUUCUCUUUUUUUCCUACUUUAAUUAUUGAUGAUAGAACCUUAAAAAAUUAUAUUGGAGGAUAAAUUAGUAAAAUAAACAGGAGGAAAGAGCUAGUAUCCAGGUCUCUGUCUGUAGCACCCCAUGAGUGCUACAACGUUUGGGAAUGGCAUCCGAUCCAUUCUGCAUUUGUUCCCUGGUGCCCUCCCACCUUCACUCAGAUGUGUGCUGUGUGGGGUAUGCCUGGUUCAGAAAAGCCUAGUGCUAAUGACUAGGGCAAUCCUUAAGGGAGUAGGAAAGGUGGAUAUGGUCAUUUCAGGCAUGAACUUGGGUAUCCAGCCUUCUCCAAGGAUGUUGGUAACAGUUGCUAGUUAAAAGGAAGGGUGUUUUCUGCCUGCUGGACUGUGAUUUGAAACAGUGUCCCUGCUUUCCUUCAGAAGAUUGAGCUGAGACUUCCAGAUGAAGGGAAAAGCAUCUCUCUGCUGAAUACUUAUCUAUGAAUAGAUGCAGGACCAUUGAAUUGGCUCUCCUCCUGUUAGGCACCUAAGUAUUGCCCAUAUGAAACAGUGGGAGAGUUUUCAUUGCACUCUUGGGCAGGGUGGCUGAGCUUAUCCCGGUGCUCCGUGUUGUGGAUUCUGAGUCCUGAUUCAGGUCUGGUAUGAUCUUAAUGAAAAGGUACUAGUAUGUUGAAAGGCAGUGAAUACUAAACUUUCCAGAUGAUUUACUAGUAAAUCUCAUAGAGAAAACCAGAGCACUGUGAAGGCUUUAGAAGAAACUUCAGAUACCCAUUUGGGGCAGAAGACUAGAUAAAACUGUGAUACACUAAAGGGAUGCAGGCCUUUACCCAUAGGCAGGUCUUGGGGCCAGCCAAAAAGUCAGCAAUAUCUUAUUUCUAAAAACCCUAAGUCUUCAUGGAAUUUUAAGGAAAAAAAAUCUAUACGUAUCAAUUCCCAAAACAAUCUCAUUCCCUUUCACAGUGACAAAUCUUGCUUUACCCAGUGAAUCUCAGUUAUGGUAGACCAACAUAACGUGUGUUGUGAUGCCACCACAAAGGAUGUAAGACAGAAGACCUAUAGACUGUUCCAGAUCGUUUUUCCUUUCCUUCCCUUUUCUUAGUCAAGAGUUUCAGAAGUGUAAAAGGUGUAUGGCAAGUGAAAACGAGGACAAGUUUCCUACCUGACAGCAGGGCCCAGAUCCCAAUAACUGACAGGAUCAAUAGAGACAGAAGUCUGCUUCCAGUAAUAAGGCUUCUCUUUUGUAAUUCCUUCUACAACGCCUUCUAGCAAUUGCUUUUCUAUUCAUUUCUACAUGCCUACCUGAAACUCUGAGAUAAUUCAGGUUGGAGGUAAUUCUCUUGUAUUUCUGCCUUCACAGAAUGAUCUUUAUCAUCAUGCUUUGAGCCUUGAUGCAUUCAAAAGAAAAGGCUUCCUCUUCCAGUUUGCCUGGCCAGGCCUUGCAUGUGUGUAAUGUCUUACCACCAAAAUUUGGAAAAGUGAUUUUUAGUUGAUCCAGUGGAGGAGGCAGACUGGCUCCACAGGGUAGUGUUAAGAUUGCUUUGUGAUUUGGCCUUGAAAAGGUUAAGGGCUGUUAAAGAAGUGAUCGAUGCCGCCCCUCUAGAGGGUGGAUUACUUCUGUCAAUUCAAUAUUUAAAAACAGAAAACAAAAGCAGCUGCUGUGAGUGGAUUAGGUGUGGGAAGUGAAGACUGAGUCAUUAUUUCACUGAGGAAAUAUAUUUCCCCUUUGGUUAUUUUUUCUCAUUAGGAAGAGGGUAAAUAGGAGUCUCUGAUUUGUGGAACCUACAGAAAGCAGGUCACAGUCAUUUUAAUUGAGUGAGGUGACAUUUGUCCCUCUGCCCCACUGAUUUUGUAAGAGCAGCAGCCGUGAAGGGACUGGCACCGUGGCUCAGAUUUCCCACGUUAGGUAAAUGCAGACAUUUGCAUAUUCAUAGGUCCAGUGUCAAAACACAACCUCUGUUCACUCAUUAGUCAUUGGCAAAAUUAUGAUGGUUUGUGUACAUGUCUGUCUUCACUGCAUUGUUUGUUUUGUCAUGUUGCCCACUGUGAAUGCUUGGAAUUUCUGUGCGAAGUUGAGGGCUGUGUUAUGAUACCUGUAAUUAUGGAUUAAAUUAUUAUAAGAUGUAAAUAUUUCCUUAAAUGAAAGUAAAGCAUCAGAAUCUGGUAUAGGUAGAUUGUGAUUCCUACCCUGGAAAAAAUUCUAGUGUCUACUAUUUUUAUCACCUUCAGUUCAGUGACCUCACAAAAAGGUUUCUCCAUCCUUUAUCGAUGGAUACUUUUAUUGUCUAAACACAUUAGACAAUGGAAUAAUAGAGGGUUAGAUGUGAACAUAGCAGCUUUGGAUGGGGGAAAUGUUGGGAACUGAUGCGUGUUCUAUUUUGACCUAUAAUAUCUGCUAGGGAGAUCCGUUGUGUAUCACUGGAGUGGCACUUUUUAUACCUGCUGAAAAUGUAGCCUGUUAUACGAGAUACAUGUUGAUUUGUCAUUUUUUUAAUAUAUAAAAUACAUAAUUGAUGCAAAUAUAUUUUUCCUUUUUCAGUUUUCCUUCCAGAAGCCUCCUUAGCUGCACUAAUCUUAUUAUAAGUGUGCUGAUAUUUACAGUUCUACUCAGUUAUUUGGUACUUUUCCAAUAGCCUUGGUAUGCACUCAUCCAUUAUUAUAUUCAAUUACAUAGAAAUGUCAAGGUAUCCUAGCAAGCUUUUAAUAUGAUUAAGCCAUGACUUCUUCAACUUCUCUUAAAAAAUCAUAAUCUCUUGUAUACAAUGCCAAAACUAAAGCAUUUGCAGGUAUUAAAUUGAAUAUUAUCUGAUUCUCCAUUUUCAUAAAGUAUAUUUGUCAGGUUAGAAUGAAACACUGAUAUCAUUCCAUUUUAAUAUUGACAGCAUUGUUAAUGAGCAUGACUGAGCUAGAAGACCUCAGAGGUGAAAUGGUGAUGCUGUAAGCUAAAUCCCAGACAGCUGAGACUUUGGGAGUGUGGUAGAAGGGAAAUUGGCAAUAGCAAAGACAAACGUAUAGAUUUAGAUAUGUAGACUGGACAGCAAUAUUUUAAAGGGAUUACAUACAUGUUACAUAUAUGUCAAUCUCUGAUUGUCAUUUUAAUAUUCUUUAGAAUGUUCUUUCUUACUUCACUGCGUGCUAGAAUAUUUUUUCCAGAGAAUCUAAAUUCUCUAUGUGACAAGAAAGGUCAAGGAAGAACAGCAGUAGCAUUUGCACUGUUAGAAUGCAGAAGUGGUUCAGAGGCUUAAAAUAAUUGUGGCUUCAUUUGAUGGUUUUUGUGGAUUCAUUUUCAUUUUCAUUUCCUUUUUAUUAAAGAAGAAAGAGAAAACACAAAUGGUCUGGCUGAAGAUAGGCGUUGGUAUUACUGAAGGUAAACUUGAAAAUUCACUCUUUGGUGAAAAGUUGAUAUAUAGAUAGUGAAUUUCCUCAGUGCUGAGGAAAUCGCUGUGAUUGCUUUCACAGAGUGGAUACAUUCUUUAUUGUCACAAUUCUGUCGCUAUUGUGGUAAAAGAUUGACUCAGAGGUUUAAAUUUUUAAGCAUACCCUUAUUUUUUGGAUGCCUCACUUGCUGAUGUUCAGUUUAAGACAUCUGAGAAAGUCCUGUUUUUCAGAGGGUGUUUUUCAGAGGGUGUUUAGCCCUUUCUAAAAAUCAUCCCUUAAGCUUUCUGAGCUUAAAGCACUCCAAAACCAAACUAAUUAACUAGGUAUAAUGCUAGGAUAAUGCUUUAAUUAAAUAGAAAAUUUAGACUACUGUGGAAUAUUGUGGGAAGUUCAAAUAAGGUUCAGGGCUAGAAUUUUCUAGCCUUCUUUCUCUCUUUCUUGCCUUUUUUUUUCUUUUUAGAUCUGGGGAGAGAUAAAGACAAACAGAGGGAUUUCACCCUGUGUUUUCUAACAGUAUACCUCAUGCAGAAUAGUACAGCAUGUCCUAAAAGCUGAUUUUAGUCAAAUGCUCCUUUGAGACGGAUAACGGGAAUAAUAUGAACAAGCUCAGAACGGAGGUGCUUGUGGCUGUCAUUAUGUGAGGGUGCUGUGCUGCUCAAGGCUUUGAAAACAGAAUUUCUAAAGUUUAUGGGAGAAAGCUGGUUUAUAAGGACUCUCACUUCUAGAAAAAACAUAAUCUCAGAAAACUCUUACCAAGAGCAGACUGACAAUAUUUUGAAGUCUCGAUUUUACAGCUCAUGACUGUACUGUGAAUGUUAAUGUCUGUUGAAUUUUCUUGUAAAUGUUGCACUGGUCCUUGUGAAUCAAAUGGAAAUGUGCUUGCACCCUAGUGUAUGGUUCAUACAGAUGUCUGAGAUGUAGCCUGUAAUUUCCUAAAUGUAAAACUCUUUGAAAGCCAUAGUCUUGAAAAAAAGAAAACCAUAUCUUCUGUGCAAAAUGAACAGAUUAGAUGUUUGUGCUCUGAUGUCUCUUAAACUGAUAAGAAUCAAGAGAGUUAAACACUGAACUUUGUAAAGCAGUUAUAAUGCAUUCUGUUUUUACUGUAUCUGCUGUGAAGUUGAUUGGUUACACUGUGAAAAAUUAAAUAGUGCCUGGCUGUA